AUGGGCUCAACGACGCCACCCAAGCGUGUGCUCCUCCUCACGAACUCCGAGCACGGCCAGGCCAAUGUCUUCCUCGCCACAAGCUACGCGCUGCUCACAUUGGAGGAUGAGGAUGUCGAAGUCCACUUCGCCUCGUUCCCCCCGAUACGGUCCUUUGUUUCGUCAACUUCCGAAUAUGCGCAGCACACCAAGCCGGGCGCCCGGCCCAUCGUCUUCCACACGAUCGAGGGCGUUGAUAUGGUCUCCGCCUGGACACGGCCCGAGAUCGAGGCAGAGCAAGCCGCGCUGAAACACCGCAGCUGCAUCGCACUCAUCAACGCCAUCAGACGCACGCUUGUGCUGCUCAAAGUCACCCUGCCCUGGACCGGACCGGAGUUUGUGCAGAUUUUCCACUCCGUCACCGACAUCAUUCAGGAGGUCCAGGCCGACAUCAUCGCCGUGGACCCGGCAUUCUCCCCAGCCCUGACCGCCAUACGGAGCCUCAACGCCCGCUUCAUUGUGCUCUCGCCCAACACCAUCAAGGACUUCGCCAUGCCGCUCCAGCCCAACGGCGACGCGCUCUGGAAGUACCCCUGGUAUAUCGAGUUCCCGCUUCGCGUCGUCCCCACCCACGUCGUGCCCUGCGGGCCCAUCCUGCGGCCCGCCCGCCCCGUCGCCGAGGUCGAUCCGGCGCUGGCCGAGUGGUUGCGCGGCCACCCCGGCAGCGGAGAAGGAGGAGGAGGAGGAGGAGGAGGAGGAGGAAGUAGACCGGCGGCGGUGGCGGCGCCCGCGGUGGUGUACAUCAACAUGGGCACGCACGUGUUUUUUGAUGAGGUCAUGGCUGGGGAGAUGGCGAGGGCCGUGCGGGUGCUGCUGGAUCGGGCGAUGGAGAAGGGGGUGGUGCAGAGUGGGGUGAGGGACUCGGUUGUGGAGCGCGUGCUGGGCGAGGAGGUGCGCCGCGGCGUGGUGAGGAUUGUGGAGUGGAUGGAGGCCGAGCCAACGGCCGUGUUGGAGUCCGGCGCGGUCGUUUGUGCGGUGCAUCACGGCGGCGCGAACUCGUUCCUGGAGAGUGUGAGUGCCGGCGUCCCACAGGUGGUCCUGCCCAUGUGGAUGGACACGUACGACUUUGCUCGCCGCGCCGAGUUGCUGGGGAUUGGGCGCUGGGGCAACCGGCGUGCCAACAAGCUCUGCGAAGGCAGCGAACUCGGCGAGGUGCUGGCAGAUGUCGUGGUGAGCGAGCGAUCGGUGGCGUAUGCGCAGAGGGCCAAGGAGCUGGCCGAUCUGUGCAAGAAACUGGGGGGUGGAAGGGUGAUUGCGGCCCGGCAUAUCUUGUCCGAGAUCAAGACCACCAGUGCCAUCCGCCCGCUGCUGCCUUCGGAGGGUGAGAACGAGAGUGAUCCGCUCUUGAAGGACAGGACCGGUGAGAGUCGGUAA